CGUCUCGAAAUCGGGGGAAAAAUUCUCAGUAUUAUAGUGUAGAGUUGGAGACCGAGAGAGACCAUAAACGGCCCAAAAUGAAGGGCCAGACGAGUGCUUUGAGGAAUCUUCGCCAGAAAUGCGGCGGCAGUUGCACCAGUGACGAUGACCUGCCGGAGGUGAAGAUAACCAAUCCAUCGCCACUCAUGGGAGUGCAGUUCAUACGCAGUCGCUUGAGGCCAACGAAGUCCCAGAAGGGCAUCUACUACAGCACGGACUGGGAGAAAUCGGCGCUGGUCAGUAAUUUCCAGAAAAGGGGCUGGCUGCAGGUGCCGUCCUUCAAUGGCGAAUGGAACUUCUACUGGGCCUGUACCCAGAAUUGCCGCUACAUUUUCGGCAUCGAUCAUCCGUAUCGCAUGCGAUCGGAUCAAGUCAUUAACCACUUUCCAAACUCCGUGGAGCUGUCGCGCAAGGAUCUGCUGAUCAAGAACAUCAAGCGGUACCGCAAGGAUCUGGAACGACGUGGCGAUCCGCUGGCCCAGAGCCAUCCGCCAGACACGAAACUCGGAGUAGGUGGGACCCGGUACAAGCACCUGGACAUCAUACCCAUGACCUUUGUCCUGCCCUCCGACUACCAGAUGUUCGUCGAGGUCUUCCAUCGCAAUCCGGCGAGCACGUGGAUCGUCAAGCCGUGCAGCAAAUCACAGGGCGUGGGCAUCUAUCUGGUGAACAAGCUGUCCAAGCUGAAGAAGUACGCCUACGAUGCGCGCACCUUCUAUCCGCAGAUCAAUAGGGACACCUGCGUCAUCUCCAAGUACAUCGACAAUCCGCUGCUCAUCGGCGGCAAGAAAUUCGAUCUGCGACUCUUCGUCCUGGUGACCACCUUCAAUCCGCUGAAGGCGUAUCUCUACAAGGAGGGCUUCUGCCGCUUCUGCACCGAGAAGUACGACCACACCGAGAUCGACAAUGUCUUUAUGCACCUCACCAAUGUUAGCAUACAAAAAACGAACCAAGAGUACAACUCGAUCCAUGGUGGCAAGUGGCCCUUGCAGAAUCUGUGGCUCUAUUUGGACAGCCUGCGGGGCGAGGGCAUUUCGGAGAUGCUGUGGAGCCGCAUCACCGACACCAUCCGUCACUCCCUGGACGCAGUGGCUCCGGUGAUGGCCAACGAUCGGCACUGUUUCGAGGUCUACGGCUAUGACAUCAUCAUCGACAAUAACCUGAAGCCCUGGCUGAUCGAGAUCAAUACGUCGCCAUCGAUGCACUCGACCACCACGAACGAUCGCAUGCUCAAGUCGCGGCUAAUAGACAACGUCCUGGACGUGGUGGUGCCGCCAAAUAGUUUGCCAGAUGAGCACUGGGACAAGACGCCCAGUCCGGAGCUCCUGAAGAACUUCACCGUGCUGCAGCCCAUUCCGGCGUCAAAGCCGCCAGCGGAGGAGCUCGUGCGACGCAAGGGCAGAUCGCCCAGGAAAAGAAAGACCAAAUCCCUCCCAGCCGCCGGCUCAUCCACUCCACCGCCCGCCGAAGGAGAGUCCAAGAUAAGAAAGAGCACCAAGGCAGUGAAGAGAUGA